AUGGCUUCCUUAUCGACGAUAACUCAACCGUCGUUAGUGCACAUUCCCGGCGAAUCCGUCCUCCAUCACGUACCAAGCACGUGCUCUUUCCCGUGUAAGCCAAGUUUCAAGAAGCGGAUUAUCUGUUCGCCGGCGAGAAAUUCCGGUGAGACGUCGUCGGAUGCAGAAACUGAAGGUGGAUCUAGCACAGCCGUGGACGAAGCACCGAAAGAGUCUCCAUCUUUGAUCUCAGCUCUCAACGUCGAACGUGCUCUCCGUGGCCUUCCGAUAACAGAUGUGGAUCACUACGGAAGGCUUGGACUUCCCAGAAAAUGUUCUUAUGAUCAGGUUAGAAUUGGAUACCAAGAAAGAGUAAAGGAGCUAAUGGAACAAGGCCUAGACGAAGAACAACUCAAGAACAAGAUGGAGCUUGUCAAAGAAUCAUAUACGAUCUUGUCGACGGUGGAAGAGAGAAGAAUGUACGAUUGGAGCAUAGCAAGAAGUGAGAAAGCAGAGCGGUACGUGUGGCCCUUUGAAGUUGACAUCAUGGAACCAUCCAGGGAAGAACCGCCUCCUCAGGAACCAGAAGAUGAAGGACCAACAAGAAUAUUGGGAUACGUCAUUGGGGCAUGGCUAGUCCUUGGUGUUACUCUCUCUAUUGCAUUCAAUCGCUAG